AUGACUUCUCAAUCCCGUCUUUUCAAGCCCCUCAAGAUAGGCGAUAUGGAGAUCCAACAUCGCAUUGGUAUGGCCCCACUCACUCGCCUUCGCGCAAGCCAUGAUCGAGUACCGACAUCAAUGAUGAAAGAGUACUACAGUCAACGGUCUGCAGUACCCGGCACCCUGAUCAUCACCGAGGGAACCUUCGUAUCGGCAACUUGCGGUGGCUUCCCUUAUGCACCAGGAAUAUGGCGUGAAGAUCAAAUUUCCGCUUGGAAGACAAUCACUGAUGAAGUCCACCGCCGUGGAUGCUUCAUAUUCUGUCAGCUCUUCGCAAUGGGCCGCGCUGCGGACGUCGAAUUGGCCCGGCAAGAAGGCGUUCCUAUCGUGGCACCCAGUGCCAUCCCCAUUGAAGAGGGUGCUGCAAUACCCCAUGCGAUGACAACUGAAGAGAUCAAGCAAACGGUUAAAGACUUUUUGCAAGCUUCAAAGAAUGCCAUUCGGGCGGGCUUUGACGGUGUUGAAAUCCAUGGUGCGAAUGGGUACCUCCUCGACCAAUUCAUUCAGGAUGUCAGCAACAAACGCCAGGACGACUAUGGUGGCAAUGUGGAAAACAGAUCUCGUCUUCUGGACGAAGUUAUCAAGGCUGUCGUCGGUGUGGUUGGUCCCAAGCGUGUCGGACUUCGUCUGAGCCCCUGGAGUACAUUCCAAGGCAUGAGAAUGGAUGACCCGAUACCGCAAUUUACCGACAUCAUCAAGAAAGCGAGUCACUCGGAUAUCGCCUAUCUUCAUCUCGUGGAGUCUCGUGUAUCCGGAGCUAUGGACUUUGAUGCCCAAGACCGACUGGAUUUUGCAUACCAUCUCUGGAAUGGACCUCUUCUUGUGGCUGGUGGGUAUACACCAUUGGAGGCACAAAGGCUUGUGGAUGGGAAAUAUCCGGAGAAGGACAUUAUAGUCGUAUUUGGGCGGUUUUUCAUCUCGAAUCCAGACCUCAUCUAUCGAGUAAAGGAGGGUCUGGAGCUCAACCCGUACAACAGGGAGACGUUCUAUGUCAUUCAGUCGGCAGUGGGCUAUUUGGAUUAUCCCUUGAGUGACGCGUAUCUGCUAAAUAAACAAGAACUGUCUCACUGA